GAAAUCGAUCAUGGCGGAAUCAACAAUAGGAAACAAUCUGACGAACGACCUUUUUCAGAGCAUUAUUGUGGUUAUUUUAAUACUCUCGCCGUGUUCUUUUUAUUAUUUAAUAUUAAUAAUAAUAAUUCAUUCGUAAUGCCACCCAAAAAUAAAAAAUUGGAAGAUUUUACAUAUGCAUUGAUAUGGUUCAUUCGUACCAAGGAAAGAUAUGUAGUUGAAACAAAUAAAUUGCCAAAGACUCGCCGGAAGAAAGGCAAUGUAAUAAAAAUUCUAUGGGAGGAUCCAAGUACUCAAAUCAGUACAAGAUAUGAGGUGAAAAUUCUUGAAUUUGAUAAUGACAAAACAAAAUUGUCAAAUAUUCUACUUGAUGAAGACGGCAAUGUGUGUGAUGAAAAUGCCAAAGUGUUCUUCAGAUCAGUUUUAGACAAAAAAAGGUUACUACAAGAAGGAGCAAAACUAGACGUAGCUAAAAACAAAAUUCAAAAAACUAGUCUUGCGCAUGUAAUAGCUAAGAAGAAACCGCUAUUUGAACAUACCGGGAGUAUUAUAAAUAAUCAAAAAGCUAGCGGCUCUCAAACCAAUGAUUUUCAACAGCAAUUUAUAGAGAGUGCUACAAUUGAAUGCAACGACACAUCUUCCGAUAACAGUAGUCCGAUAAAAAUAGUCCAUCAAAUGAACACUCCUGGAACUGCGAAUGAUUUAAACGAGACAAAUGAAGAAAAUAUCCAAAGUCUCGAGUUAUCUGAUGAGAACGAAGUAGAUAUUGGAGCUUUACACACAUUUUUACCAGUGACGGCAAGUGAAGAAAAUAAAAAAUUUUUAAAACAGAUCUAUACUGGGUUAUCUGAAGCUUAUGAGCGUCAACAAAUUGAUUUAGAUAAGAAAAUCAAGAUUUUCAAAGUCGAUGGACACAAUAAGAAAGAAAUUUCUCCCAAAUGUGGCAUUUUCUUGCCUGUUAACAUGAUUGAAACAAUUGAAAAAAAAGCCUCCACUGAGACAGAUGUUACUGAUUGGAAAAUAUUAGUUAAACUAGCUUUAACAGAAAUGUAUGGAGAUGGCCUAGGUGAUUUUUGUGCUAUUGGUCGAAGUAAAAUUUCAUCGCGUCCUUCAAUUGAUCCUGAUAUUUAUAAAGGAAUUUUUGAAUGGAUACUCUUGAAAUCAACCGAAAAAAUCACCAAUCAUGAUUAUACAAAUGAAAUAAACAGAAUAAUCGGAAAUAAACGAAGUUCGAAAUUAUCAAGUUAUAAUUCUAAGGAUACAAUAUCCCAAAGCAACCUGUAUUUUUUGAAGCAAGUCAUCACUGCAGUUGAGCGGGAAAACAAAUGGCUCGAAGACUCCGAUGAUCGUUUUAAUUUAAUUAAUUUGAAAUCUGGGGAUGAUUUUUUAAUACCUGGACCCACAAAGGCUCGAAUCUCAGAAACUCAUAAUAUUUUUUUUCCAAAGUCCACUAUAGCUUUUAUUGAAAAACGAACAGAAAGUUCCAAGAGCUCGAAUUUGUCAGAUUGGAGAAAUCUAGUCAAAGAAGCUCUUAUAGAAGUUUAUGGUAAAAAUAUACAUAAUUAUUGCGCUAAAGGUACGAGAGUAUCACGGUUGCCUAUACAUCCACAGUUAUAUCAGGCAAUACUUGCAUGGGCUAAUAGUCGUUCCGAACAACAAAUUGAUGAAGCUGAUUACGUAGGUCAUAUAAAUAAAAUAGCUUCUAAUAAAAGAAAAACAAAUAAAAGCAAAUCGACCAGUAAAACUUGUUCUAAACUCAAUGAUCAGCAAAAGGUUAAACCUAAAAAAGCUGUAUCGGAGUAUAGUUCCACCGCUGAGAUUCAGAAUUCUCCUGUGAAAUUGAAUCCUCCACUGUCAAAACCUCUGCAAUACUUGGAGCCACACAUUGCUUUAGUGAACUCAAAUUCUAGGACUGCUGAUUACCGAAAUGAACUUUCUCUAGAACCUGGGAUAACUUCAGAAUCUGAAUUCCAACAACACACUCUGCCAAAUAUUAUUCAUCCUAUGAAUCUAGCCACCAAGAUUGUGAACAAUCAAAAUCCAGUGAUACCAGACGCAAAGAAUGUUGAUGAGCAAAAGUCAAAUCUGUUCGACCCUCAAGUUAUUUUGCCGGCAGAACCUGACUAUAUUCCAGCAUGUGAUUAUUCGGUAAACAGACACUCUUGGACCACUCAAGACCAAUAUCCAUGGGCGACACAAUCUUCGAUAGAUUCAUCAUACCAGUAUCCAAAUUGGUAUUGCUCUGAUCAACAUUCAGGAUUAUACACCACUCAACAUUAUAAUUAUUAUCCUCCAGUUCAAAAUUUUAAUGAGAACAAUAAGGUAUUUAUGCAGCGUGAUCCUAAAGACUGUGAAUACCAAUACCACAAUCAGAGUACUUCGUUGAUUACCGAUUCCGGGAACUCAAAUUUUACAAUUCUAUAAUAUUCAAAAGUUUCUUAACAUAAAUUUUAAUUUUAUUUGCAUGUUUGUUUAUUUGUUUGUUUAUUUAACUGAAGUUUUAUAA